UUUCGAAAAGCCAGUCCUUCUCUCAUUCCUGCCCAACAAAUACUAGAGUACAGACCAGAGUACAUACAGACGUCUAGUACUAGUAGUACUCUGGGCGGGAUUCCUGAUUGCUACGCUCCUGGUAACCAGGCCUUAUCAAGAUGGCGUCCUCGAGUUCUGAAGAAGAUGAAGAAGAAAGAAAAAUAAUGGCUGAGAUUGCGGGCUGUGCUGCUAAAGACUUAACCGAGGCCCACCUCGUAAUUAAACAAAUGGAGAGAGAAAAUAUAAAGAAAUCCGGGAGGAAUGAGAAGGAUUGUGAUGAGGAAACACAAAGCAGCAAUUUGACUCCAGAAAUCAAGAGACAUAUAGCCAAAAAAUUGUCAUCUUAUCUAGAUGGCUGUAUUCAAAUAGAAACUGGUUGCACCUUCAAACAAAAGAAAAUAAUGUCACAGGUUUCUGGCAUACAUUUAUUUUGUUUGUCAAAAAACAAGCUCCUUGAUGUGGAAAAUGACUAUUUGAAAGAAAAACAGCCCAAAACCCCAAAGCGGUCACACCAGUCUUCUUCAAGCUCGGAAUCAAGUGACAAUGAAGAAGACCUGACAAGGUUUCAGGAAGCCACUGUUUGUGGACAAUCAAUCAUUGAUAACAGCUGUCCAUCUAUUGAUAAUGGCGUUCACAGAGAGAACAGCAACAAAAAGAAGAAAAAGAAAAAGAAGAAAAAAGACCAAAACAAAGUUAAAAAUAAAAAUGUAUCAGAAUAUGAAUUUGAUAAUUUAAAAGACAGAUGGAAAGAAAAAUAUCAAAAUUGACGAUAACUUGCAAAAAUUAAAAUGAGUACAUGUAAUAAUGAACAGUUAUAAUAAUUACACUUAUUUCUUGUUUUAAAUAUGUGUUUAUAGUAAGAAGACUCACUAUAAAUAUUGAGCCUUGCCGGUAUUAUGUAUAAUAAUGGGAGGUUCUUACAUAGCUCAUUUAUACAACUUCUCAAUGUGCUUUACAUUUUUAUGACCAGUGGAGGACUUUACUGGCUGCAUAUUGAGGCGCUAUUAGC